CAUCUCGCCGUGCAGACGGUACAGUGAGUUUCCACGCAGGGGCACAACAGUUCCUGCUCAUCGUUCAUUCUUUGACUGAGCAAACAGAGGCGCAUUAGCGACGGUAGAGCUGCCGAGACCCUGCCGGUACAGGAUCAGCUAUGCUUGGAGGCAUCCUCACAAAUGUGUUGGUCACAGGGACUCUACUCUUUGUAACUCAGACAGUUACUCGGUGCAGAGGUGAAAUUGACUUUUCAUCAGUUACUUUACCAGAUUGGAGGACAGAUUCAGAAUAUGUUACACAGUGUGUCCACGACAGCCCCGGCCCUCGCCUUUGCGACUGGAAGGCACCAACAGAUGAUGCCGGAGUGACAGCUUUAGAGAGUGGUCCUCUGAGACUGGAGGGCGAGGCCUGUCUAGAGUUUUGGUACUUAUCCCCAGUUGCCACUAAUGGGACAGAACCCCGCGUCCUGCUGAAGAGCAGCGGUGGUCUGAUAGAAAUCUGGACCUUGCCUCCCCGUCACAGGGAUGCUUGGAGACAAGUAUUUGUUCCCUUGGACAUCAUCAACCCAGGGACUCAGGUCGUUAUCGAAGCAGCAUCCACGGAGGGACAGUUUGAAUUUAACCGGAUGGGUGUAAGGAGAGGCUCAUGUGGACCCCAGUGUGACUCUGACACAGAGCUAUGGACCGAUGAGUCCACCCGCUGCCUCUGUCAUGGUGGCCAGCUCUCUUGCUCCCCCUCUCAGUGCCCUGAGAGCCAAGCCUGCACCCCUCAAAGAGAGGCGUCCACCGGUACUUGCACUGUGCACAGUCACACUGACUGCAGCACUUUUGAUGGAGAGCUGCUCCGCUUCAUGGUGCCCUGCACCUACACGCUGGCUAAGACCUGCUCGCCCUCUGAGGCCAUGCCCAUGUUCGCCGUGGAAGUGGUCAACAAGCAGAGCAGGAACUCACCUCUGCCAACUGUAGAGGAGGUCGUUGUGAACAUGGGGAACUUCAGAGUGUCACUGCUGAAAAGGGAAACCAGCCGGAUUGUGGUCAAUGGGGUCUGGAAGAAGCUUCCGCUGAGACUCGGCGGCGGCACUGUCAACAUCAAGAGCAACCCCGCUGCCGUCGAACUGGGAACCAGUUUUGGCCUCCUGGUCUCGUAUGACAACGCUGGCGCUGUCCAUGUCACCCUACCGUCUCGUUUCUCUGAUAAAGUCUGUGGGUUGUGCGGAAACUACAACCACGACAGACAAGACGACUUCACAAAGCCCGACGGAACAUUUGCCCAAAACGCUACAGCUUUUGCGCAGAGCUGGCAGUCUGGGCAAGCCUCCUCCCCCUGUGAAGCCAUUCUUGUACCUCAUCAGUGUGACCCCCUGCAGGUGGCUGAGUAUGCCAGUGAGCAGUACUGUGGAGGCCUCGUCUCCAGCAGUGGGCCCUUCGCUGACUGCCUAUCAGUUCUGGAGGGCGAGAGCUACUUCAGGGGCUGUGUGGCCAGCAUGUGCUCCAGCCAUGGUGACCCGGCGGCACUGUGUGGGGCGUUACAGGUGUACAGUGAUAUCUGCCAGGAGGCUGGAGCCUCCGUACCUAUGUGGAGGAACUCUUCACACUGCCCUCUACUGUGUGGUGAGAACAGCCACUAUAACUCAUGUGCCGAUGGCUGUCCCGAGGUAUGCUCCAGUUUGGAUAUGGUUGGCCUCUGUGGAAGCUGUGAGGAAAGAUGCGAGUGUGACUCUGGCUUAAAGCUCAGUGGGGGAAAGUGUGUCCCAGCAGAGGAGUGUGGGUGCUGGUAUGAUGGAAAGCACUAUGAGAAUGGAGCAACAUUCUCAAAGGGAGAGUGCAAGCAUCUGUGUCAGUGCAUGGGGAACAAUGACAUGCAAUGCACCGCAAUGCAAUGCACAGACAAAGAGGUUUGCAAGGUCAAGGAUGGGGUGAAAGGCUGUUUCCCUUUUAAACCCGCCACAUGCAGCGUCUAUGGCGAUCCACACUACAUAACCUUUGAUGGGCUGGCAUAUGACUUUCAAGGAGGCUGCAGUUACACGCUGACUACCACGUGUGCAGAGGACAGCGCAGUCCGGUUCACUGUGAUCGGACACAACGUGCACCCCGGCCUUCAGGACUUCACCCGAUCCAAGCUUGAAGCUGUCGCUCUUCAGGUUGAGGAUCUACACCUCACUCUGAAUCAGAGCGGAGAGGUCUAUGUGAAUAAUAGCCUUGUCCGACUUCCCUAUUCCACCAAUGGUGCAAUCGGCUCAGUAUGGGUCUACCUAAAGAAAAACAAUAUCAUCUUGGAGACAACCUUUGGCCUCAGAAUGACGAUAGAUGCAAGGAACAGACUCUUCCUGCAGGUGGAUGAGCGUUACAUGCAUGAACUGUGUGGACUGUGUGGCACCUACUCUGAACUUCAAGAUGAUGACUUCGUAACACCAGGAGGACAAAAUGCUACAGGGUCAUUUGAGUUUGGUGACAGCUGGAGACUGCCAGGCGAUAAUGAGUGUAUUUCCCAUCCAAGUGAUCCCAGACACUGUGAUUAUGAUGAGGAGGAUGAGGCCUACAAUGAGUGUUCCACCCUACUAGGGGACGCCUUCACACCCUGCCAUGAACUCAUUCACCCAAAAACCUACGUCAAUAGUUGUGUCUAUGACUACUGCGCCACCAACGGUGACCAACACACCCUAUGCGACUCUCUCGAGUCCUAUGCAGCAGCAUGCCAGUUUGCAGGAGUUGAGCUGCUCAACUGGCAGUUAGACACAGCCUGCGCUGAGCCCCCAACCACUACAGCUCAUCCUACACCUUCAACCGCUACCUCUCCAACAACAGAUCAUUCUCUCUGUCCCGUCAAUUGUGACUUCGAAAAAAAUCUGUGUGGCUGGGAGCAACUCUUACAGGACAGUUUUGAUUGGAAAAGACAUUCUGGAUCAACCCCAUCCAGUUUGACUGGACCAGACCAAGACCACACCACUGGAGCUGGUUUCUACAUGUAUAUUGAUGGAAAUAAUGUAACUCACGGAGAUUCAGCUCGUCUUUGGAGCUCAAUGUGCAAUUACCAAGGCCCACUCUGCCUGCGCUUCUGGUACCACAUGUAUGGUUCAGCCACAUCCAUGGCGCUCAAUAUCUACCUGCUCAAAGACAAUAAAGCUACCAAGCUCUGGGUCAUGAUGAACAACCAGGGACCAGAAUGGCAUCAAGGAAUUGUUGACAUUCCAGUGUCUGGUCCAUUCCAAAUAAUUAUUGAGGGAAUUCGAGGCUCUAAUGCUCUAUCAGAUGUGGCCAUAGAUGACAUUUCCAUCCACUUAAGCUCAUGUUCCGGUAACUUCCCUGGCCUGGUUGGUGGAACUAAGCCUCCCUCCCUAACAGCGGUAGUCAUCCCUUCACUUCCGAUCUGCAAUAUGGACUGUAGCUUUGACAGCAACCUUUGUAGCUGGAAUCAGAUGGUGACAGAUUCUUUUGACUGGACAUGGCAAAAUGGUUCCACCUCAACCCCGAUGACUGGGCCAUCUGCUGACCACACUGGUGAUGGUCACUAUCUUUACAUCGAAGCCAGCAGUGUGAAUCUUGGAGACACGGCUCGUCUCAUCAGCUCUGAGUGUUCUGAAUCUGGUCCUCAAUGUCUGCAGUUCUGGUACCAUAUGUAUGGCUCAGCAGAUACAAUGGGCCUCCAUGUUUACCUGCUACAAAAUAAAGUAGCCGAUGCUGUUUGGUGGGAAAGAAAUGACCAUGGAAAUAUUUGGAAACUUGCUCAGUUGGACAUCACAACAACUGGAGCUUUCCAGAUCAUAUUUGAGGGCCGAAGAGGUUCCAACCACCAGUCUGAUGUUGCCAUAGAUGAUGUAAUACUUCAUCGCGGAUACUGCACAGACCUACCUAAACCGACAAUUGCUGUUCUCACAACUUUGACUGUAGUUGCAACUGUGGGUCCAGAGUUUCCCGCAACUGCUACACAAACACAUUCGUCGCCUUCGUCAAAACCACAGCCCACACUGACAGCUACUUUAACACAAAAUACGGAUCUACCAACAACAAAGCCACGGCAGCCAAUAACAUCAAAACCAAUAGCAACAACCACAACUGGACCUACAGCCACAGCUACACCUUUCCCACCAACAACAGGGCACCCAGAAGUAGUAACUCCAGAGAAACCAGGCCCUGAAUUUACAGAGACUGCAAGUCCAGAGCCACCAACUGCAUCUACUGAUGGACCCCCAACCACAGCCAGACCCCACCCACCAAUAACAGGGAACCCAGGGCUUGGAACUCCAGAGCAUCCAGAACCUGAAACGACAGCAGGACCUGAACAACCAGCUACAUCUAAUAAUGGACUUCCAACCACAGCCGGACCCCACCCACCAACAACAGAGAUCCCAGGACUUGUAACUCCAGAGCAUCCAAAACCUGAAAUGACAGCACGACCUGAACAACCAGCUACAUCUACUGAUGGACUUCCAACCUCAGCCGGACCACACCCACCAACAACAAAGAUCCCAGGAAUUGGAACUCCAGAGCAACCAGAGCAUGAAUUUACAGAGAAACCUCAAACAACAGCAAGUCCAGAGCCACCAACUGCAUCUACUGAUGGACCCCCAACCACAGCCAGACCCCACCCACCAACAACAGGGAACCCAGGGCUUGGAACUCCAGAGCAUCCAGAACCUGAAAUGACAGCAGGACCUGAACAACCAGCUACAUCUACUGAUGGACCCCCAACCACAGCCAGACCCCACCCACCAACAACAGAGAUCCCAGGUCUUGGAACUCCAGAGCAUCCAGAACCUGAAAUGACAGCAGGACCUGAACAACCAGCUACAUCUACUGAUGGACCCCCAACCACAGCCAGACCCCACCCACCAACAACAGAGAACCCAGGGCUUGGAACUCCAGAGCAUCCAGAACCUGAAAUGACAGCAGGACCUGAACAACCAGCUACAUCUGCUAAUGGACUUCCAACCACAGGCGGACCCCACCCACCAACAACAGGGAACCCAGGGCUUGGAACUCCAGAGCAUCCAGAACCUGAAACGACAGCAGGACCUGAACAACCAGCUACAUCUACUGAUGGACCCCCAACCACAGCCAGACCCCACCCGCCAACAACAGGGAACCCAGGGCUUGGAACUCCAGAGCAUCCAGAACCUGAAAUGACAGCAGGACCUGAACAACCAGCUACAUCUACUGAUGGACCCCCAACCACAGCCAGACCCCACCCGCCAACAACAGGGAACCCAGGGCUUGGAACUCCAGAGCAUCCAGAACCUGAAAUGACAGCAGGACCUGAACAACCAGCUACAUCUGCUAAUGGACUUCCAACCACAGGCGGACCCCACCCGCCAACAACAGGGAACCCAGGGCUUGGAACUCCAGAGCAUCCAGAACCUGAAACGACAGCAGGACCUGAACAACCAGCUACAUCUGCUAAUGGACUUCCAACCACAGGCGGACCCCACCCACCAACAACAGAGAACCCAGGGCUUGGAACUCCAGAGCAUCCAGAACCUGAAACGACAGCAGGACCUGAACAACCAGCUACAUCUACUGAUGGACCCCCAACCACAGGCGGACCCCACCCGCCAACAACAGAGAACCCAGGGCUUGGAACUCCAGAGCAACCAGAACCUGAAAUGACAGCAGUACCUGAACAACCAGCUACAUCUACUGAUGGACCACAACCAACCACAGCCGCACCCCACCUAUCACCAGUUAGACCACAUUCCACAACAACAACUGCCCCACAACGUACAACAACCAAUAAACCCUAUUCAACAAUAGGUAGACCUCUGCCUACAACCACACCACAACCACAAACUACACAUGUACCAACACCCUCUUGCCCUGAGAACAGUCAUUACACCACCUGCAUACCACAAUGCAGUCCAACCUGUGAACACCUGAACGGCCCAUCAGACUGCAGUGACAGUGAGGGUUGUGUGAAGGGAUGUGUAUGUGAUGGCGGUUUUGUGCGUACAAGUAAAGCCUGUGUGCCUAUCCAACGAUGUGGUUGUAUGGACAGGAACGGCACCAGACAAAACUUCAAUAAAGAGUGGUACACCGAUCACUGCAGUAAGAAAUGUAAAUGUGAGAAAGACGACGGCGUGGGAAAGAUUGACUGCGAUGACAAAGAUGAGUGCGGUGGAAAGGCUGUCUGUCUUCAAAAUGAGGAGGGAAAUUAUUACUGCCAGUCUACAGGCUUCGGACAGUGCACUAUCAGGGGAGAUUCUGAGUACAGAACAUUUGAUGAACUGAAGCAUGACUUUGAGGGUAAGCACUCCUAUGUGCUGGUCAGCACCAACAACUUGCCGUAUUACCUUCCACACGUUUACAUCGAGGCCACCAAUACCGUACAUGAUGAGGAAGAUAGUCGGCAUCAUGGUGACGAUAGCAGUGAAGAAGACAACGCCCGCCGUUCGAGGGACAAAGAUGACGGCGAUGAAGAUGAUGAAGAUGACAGCAAACAUGAUGACGACAGUGAAGAGCAUAAGGAACACCACAGAUUACGAGAGCUUAAGAUCAGAGUGUAUGAUCACACCGUGGUUUUCAAGAAGAACCGCAAGCUGAUUGUGGAUGGAAGGGAAACCAAAACUCCCACCUCGCCGACUGCUGGUCUAAACAUCUCCCUGCAUUCCUCUCGCAUCUACCUGAAGACCGACUUCGGCCUCUCCGUAGAGUUUGACGGACGCGACGCAGCAGAGAUCAUUUUACCAAACCUGUAUAAAAGGAAAGUGGGGGGUCUCUGUGGGAACUUUGACGGCCACAAAGGGAACGACCAGAUGAAGCUGGAUGGUACCAGGGCCAAGAGCAUCAAAAAGUUUGGAGACAGCUGGAAAGUGUGAAUAUCAGAUGAUGCAAGGAUGACUCAUAAAAUGACGCGUGCAGGAAUCAUCGGGGCAGCUAACGAGAAGCCAACGGACAGAAAUGAUGCUGAUUCAAUCUUUCAAUGAGCCAACAUUUCCUCUCACAACUGCCAGACACAACUUCAGCGGGAAUGUUUUCACCUUGAUAUAAAUGCAAUACCAUUGGGUAGAGGGGUAUCAGGGUAACACUAAGCUCACAUCAAUCAGAGAUGUUGCAUUCUUUCAAGAUUAUUUCAAGUUCAUUUUUAAAAAGGUGGAAAUCUAAAACAUCUUUGCUUCUCAUCGAACUCUGUGGCUUUAUAUCAGACAACUGUUUGUGUCAUUGCCAAACAAACAGCUGUGCAUAUGCUUUAAUAAUGAUAAUGCAUGAAGGGGGAUUAUUAUUGUACAAGGGAUUAUUCAUCACUAUCCCUUAUUGUUUGAAAGACGAUCAAUGUGCAAUAAAUUAUUAUACAAAAUGUUGCUUGACUUGGUCGUACUGCGUAAUUGGAAUCUCCGUGCAUUUUCUAUUUAAACGUAUUUGCUCUAAUAAACACGCAC